AUGAAACUUUUACAACAAAUUAUUCGUCCAUUACUGGGUAUUUUCUUUGGUAUAACUCUUUUAUUAACAUCAUUCUUUGGUGAUUCAGUAAUUAUGCUAAUUUUACCAAUGCUUUUACUCAAUCAUCAACAAUGGCGCUUAUUAAUUGAUCGUGCAAUUAGUUUUUGGAUUAUUAUACCUGUUACAUUUUUGGAAUAUAUAUUUGGUAUGAAAUUCAAAGUAAUCGGUGAUACGAUUGAUUAUGAUCGUCCAGCAUUGAUCAUAAUGAAUCAUCGGACACGGCUUGAUUGGAUGUAUUUUUGGGCGGCAUUAUUUAAGAUGAAUCCAUGGCUAUUAAUUAGUUCAAAAAUUGCUUUAAAAGCUGAACUUCGACAUAUACCAGCAGCAGGUUUUGGAAUGGAAGCAAAUCAGUUUAUUUUUUUGGAUCGUAAAAUAAAAACGGAUAAGGAACGAAUUUCGGAAGCAAUCCGUUAUUAUGCAUCCGUUGGAAGCAAUUAUCAGAUAUUAUUAUUUCCUGAAGGAACGGAUAAAACGCCCAGUACAACAAUGAAAAGUAAUAAUUAUGCAAAAAAGAAUGGUUUAAAACAAUUAAAUAAUUUAAUCUAUCCUCGUUCAGCUGGAUUUAUUCAUUUAAUCAAUGAAAUGAAACAAUAUAAUUAUAUUGAUUGUAUUUAUGAUGUAACUAUUGCUUAUCCGGUAAAUAUUGUUCAAUCGGAAAUUAAUCUUAUUUUAACCGGUCGUACACCACAAAAAGUAUUAUUUCAUAUUGAACGCAUUGAUCUGUCAUGUUUACCGCCUAGAGAUGAUGAUAUUGCUCAAUGGAUUAAUGAGUUAUGGAUUGCUAAAGACGAGAAAUUAGAUUCAUUUUAUUCACAGCAACCGCCACGUAUACAUUUUCCAAAUGAUAACAAUAAAUUUAUAUGGGAGGAUGAUAAUUCACUUCAGAAGACAGUCAAAUUGUUUACACUAUGCUUUUGGUUAUUACUUAUUACACUUUGGUUCUAUCAUUUAACAUUUCUACGAUUUGUUCAGGUACUUUUUGCAUAUUUCAUUUUUGCAUAUGUUUAUGUACAUAGUAAAUAUGGUGGUAUCCAACAAAUGGUAUAUGUCAAAUGGUGGCAUACAAUGAAAUCAAAAAUAGCUCAUUGGUAA